AUGCCACCCCCAUCGAGGAGCCCCCGCACCGCUGAGCUUCGCAAGAUGAACUCCCACAGAAGCAGCCGUAGCUCGGAGAGCAGACUGAUGCUCGAGUCGGAAAACAAUGAGGAUGUUGACGAUCUCUUUCUGUUCACCGAGAUGAAGAAACAUGAAUCAGAAAUCACAUACUUUUCGGCUCGUCAAAGCGAGAGAAGAGAUUCACCAAAAGCUUCAGUUGGUGGCAAGAAUGAGUACAAUUGGCUUUUAACUCCUCCAGGAUCUCCCCUGAAUGAUAUCGAUCGAGAGCUUAAACCGGUGGAUAAUCCUCGAAACAAAGCAAGAACUCAAACAACUACAACUCCGCGACCAUCUACGAAUGGAAAGACCCAAACUAGAGACACCGUGGCUACAUCUCCUAGAGAUGCAAAAAGAGAACCAUCUCGGCGGUUAAGCAGUGGUAACACUAAGGCGAAAGAGAAGAGGAAUGAUAUUGUGUGUGUCGGGUGCACGAAUUCACAUCUAUGCAGCUUCGACUUGAUUAGUGUGAUAGAGGAGGAGCCGUUUCCAGCAAAAGGUGCAUCAGAACAAAAUUUCGGUGGCCUUGUCAACUCUGGACAGGAGGAAGGUGCGCAAGAAACAUUAGUAGACACCUCAAAGCAUGAGAAAGCUUGUGGAGAUGCCAAUCUGAUGAGUGCUACUCAGAAAUCGCGCUUUGCAAAAGAUGUGUUAGAUCAAAAUGCCCAUGUCUGCCCUACUAAGUCAGAAACAGCAGCAGAACUAAGCAAGACAGCUGAAGCUCCAAGAAACUUUACUUCAGAAGAAGCCACCGACGCUAUACUUCUGUGCAAUUCUAUUGUUCAUGACCUUGUCUACGAAAGUGCAGCCAUUGAGUCUGAGAAUCAGAUGGCGCUCACAGAGAUUUCUCGUCCAUCGCUUGAACAGUUGGUGAAAUCUGCUUCGGAUCUGAAGUAUUUUCGAUAUGUAUACUAUAAACGUAAUAAGAAUUUGCAAAGAUUCAAUAGGAAAAAGCAAGAAUUUGAUACCAAAAAAGCACUAAGUGAUUUAAGAACUGAUGCAAAAAGUAAAGAGCAUGUAAAACCCCCCAAGAUAGAAUCAAAGUGCAACUGCAGUAUCAUGUAGAGAGAUAUCUUGUGGCCAUAAUUAUAAACAAUAAGUAUUAUACUUAAUGCCUUCUUGUUAAAGUUCUCUUAUAGUCUUCCAAGUGUUCAUGUUUCAAAAAGGAAUAGACAU